CGAGGAGAGGUGGGGCGGGCCGCGCCCCGGAGCCCAAGCGCAGGUUCCCCGCAGCCGUCGGCCGAGCCCGGAGAUGGGGCGGGGGUGAUCAUCACCUGAGUCGACAGCUAAGCGGGACUCCGUGCGCCCGUCAACGCCCCCACCCGGUGGCCAAGCCCUUGAGCGGUGAAGGGGGUUUGGCACCGCUCCCACUGGAGCCGGGAGGGGACGGACGGCGGCGGACUAGACCCUUGGACUCGACCCGCAGCCGGACGUUAGCGUUUCUGCGGGGGCGUGGAGAGCAGGGCUGGAGGAAGGUCGCCAGGGCCGCCCCUAACGCUAGGCGCCCCCAGCAGGCCGGAGGGACCGCCUUUCCCAGGUUCGCGCUGCCCUCGGGCACGACAGCCACCAUGUCUUCACCCCCGGUGGAUUCGUCGGGCUCCCCACGCCUGGACCACGCCUGACUCUACGGCGCGAUGACUGCGCCCAAGACUUGUGACAGGGCCCGCGUGGCCUCCACCCUACGAUACUGCAUGAUGGUCAGCGGCACGGUGGUCCUGGUGGCUGGGACCCUCUGCUUCGCCUGGUGGAGUGAAGGAGACGCAGGCCCCCCGCCCAGCCAGUUAGCCCCACCCACUGGAUGCCCUGAGCCUGUGGCCCCCGGUGCCCUGCUCAGGUCGGUCAGCUUCUUCUGCUGUGGUGCAGGUGGCCUGCUGCUGCUGUUCGGCCUGCUGUGGUCAGUCAAGGCCAGCACCCAGAAGCUGCCUCGAUGGGACCCAUACCACCUCUCCAGGGACCUGUACUACCUCACUGUGGAGUCCUCAGAGAAGGAGAGCUGCAGGACCCCGAAGGUGGUUACCAUCCCCACUUACGAGGAGGCUGUGCACUGCCCACUGGCUGGGGGACUCUCGACACCACCUGCGUCCCCUGUGGAGGAAGACCUGGAGCGUGGUGCCUCGGGGGAUGCCCUGCCUGGGGCUCAGCCCCCCUUGCCUCCACCCAGUUAUGAGAGCCUCAUCUUCGCUGCCGGUGGCAUCUCUGGAGAGGCGGCACCUGGGGCUGCAUGCUCCCUUGCGGGCCCUGUUCAGAUUACGGAGGGUGGAAGUUCAAGUCUUCUAGCAGGCCUGGAAGCUGGAGACCAAUGAUGGGCUUCUUCUAAGUGUCUGGCUCAGUGCCUGGUACACACAGGCAGUCAACAAAUACUGCUGAAUGCUGUUUUGUUUUCUCGAUCGCUGUGUAACAAAUGGCUGAAAAUAAAUCCAUUUUAUGAUCUCUCA